AAAAGAUGACAUGCGCGCGCAGCUCGUAGGCUGCAGUGUAGCCAGAUUGUAUUUUUGCAGAAUAAAUGUAGACAAUACAAAUCGAAUAUUAUAACAUAAAAGAAGUGAUAUAGUGUCAAGUGUUUUACAAUGCCUUAUAUCAGACAAAAGAAGAGUUUUAAAGUGGAUGAACAUCGUUUGCACUUUUAUUUUGAUAAAUGUUUCCUCCGGCAACAUCGCUCAAUGAAAUUGCAAAGGAAUAUGUCAAGUAUAAUCUUAAACGAAACUGCGGUGAGUUCAAGUAAUAUGUAAAGAAUUAGUUUGCUCUUUGUCAAAUUACACGUUACAAAGAAAGAAGGAACAAUUCAUUCUGAACUGGCCCCUGAAUAAGAAUAUGAUGCAAGCCUGUCACAAACUUGCUUCUCAUUCCUUCUGGGCACCGUUGCCGCAGAUGACUAUACCAAUUUUGAUGACUUUUACAAAAUGGUAACUGAUAAUAUUACAGCAGCUUCUGCCUACGUUCUACCUACAGAUAAUAGUGCCAUGCUUGAACUUAGCAGCAGUUCACCUGCAACUGAUAUAGAUCCAGUAGAUUUUAUAAUAAUUGGUGCUGGUUCCGCCGGUACAGUUUUAGCCAAUAGACUAACCGAAGAAGCAAAUUGGACCGUCUUAUUACUAGAAGCGGGAGGCUUAGACAACAAUUUCACAGACAUUAUUGGCCUAAGUAGUGCUUACACGAUAUUUUCUGAAAUUAAUUGGGGAUAUAAUUCAACUGCUCAAAGCAAUGCUUGUCAAGGUAUGGAAAAUAAGCAAUGCGCUUAUGCUAGAGGCAAAGCUCGCGGCGGUAGCAGCACCAUGGACCAUGGAGUGUACGCCAGAGGCAACCCCUUGGACUACGACAGGUGGAGGGAUUUGGGAAAUCCCGGAUGGGGUUGGGAUGAUGUUUUUCCUUAUUUUCUGAAAUCCAAAAACGCUGUUUUUGAGGGACAGGAUACAGAUUUUCACGGUCACGUAGGUUAUAUGCAGGUGGAUGUUACUUCGCAAACUCCUGGAGUGGAAGAAAUUAUUUCUGAAGCGUUCGCCGAACUAGGAAUCAACAGAGGUGACAUUAAUGGCAAAAACCAAUCCAGACUAGACCGCAUUCAAUUUACCUUGAACGGCAACACCAGAGCCAGCACUGCUCACGCCUUUUUGGAUGGAUUCCAAGAUGAAAGAACAAACCUACUCCUUUCGCUUAACAGUUUCGUUACGAGAAUUUUAAUUGAAAAAUCAACAAAAACGGCUUACGGUGUGGAAUUUAUUCGAAAUGGUGAAUUGUACACAGUGAAUGCCACUAGAGAAGUCAUUGUAUCCGGUGGAGCUAUAAAUACUCCUCAAAUUUUAAUGCUAUCGGGAGUUGGACCUGCCUCGCACUUGAGCGAAUUGGGUAUUGAUUUGGUACGGGAUUUGCCAGUUGGUGAGAACAUGGAAGAUCAUAUUGGGUAUACUGGACUUUAUUACAGAACCGACAAAACAUUUUGGAACAUAACAACAGAAGAAAUGGUACGACGUUGGACUGAAAACUUACGUCCUUUAACAGCAGGCUUAUGUUCCGAAAUGAUAGCCUUCACGAACGUAAAUAAUGGAUCAUUAGGUCGUCCGGAUACAGAAAUUGCCAUGCUCAACUCUGUAUUUCCUCCAGCGGGCCUAGCAAGUGCCUUCCAGUUAAAUGCAAAAUACGCUGCUGCCUAUGAUAAUACACUGCACGAUUGGUGGUUCAUUCAUGCUCUACAACAUCCCAAAUCCAGAGGGACCGUCAAACUACAGUCGAACGAUCCAAAGGAUUUCCCUCUGAUUGAUCCUAAUUUCUUAUCAGAUGAAGAGGGUUACGAUUUGGAGAUAUCUUGGGGCUCAAUUCUUACUUGAAUUAAACAAAACCGUUGCCUUCAAUAAUUACCCCGCCACAGUCCAUAACGUUCCGGUACCCGAUUGUGACGACAUCCACGAGCCUCUAUCGAAAGACUGGUGGGUUUGUGCCAUCAAGCAAUUGACAAUUUCCUUCUACCAUCCAAGUGGGACGGCACGUAUGGGUGAUUCUCCGGCGAAUUCUGUUGUCAACCACCAUUUGCAAGUGCACGGGAUCCAGGGUCUUAGAGUAGUGGACGCAUCAGUUAUGCCGGAAACUAUUACUGGUCAUAUUGGUGCCGCUGUUAUUAUGAUUGCUGAAAAGGCGGCUGACAUUAUCAAAGAACACUAUUAAAUGCUCC